GCUGCUGCUGCUGUUGUUGCUGCUGCUGCUGCUGAUGCUUCACUGACGAACACUCUUCACGCCGCUGCUGAUGCUCCCGCCGCCAGUGCUGCUGCUGCUGCUGCUGCAUUUCUUCUGUCACGGAGCGGAGCAGCAUCACCGGAGGAGCGGCGCAGAGCAGCAGCAGCCUCAGUCACCUCCUCCUCCUCCUCCACCUCCACCUCCUCCAUCAGCUGUAUCCUCAGCCUCGGCACCAACUACUCAACCUGCAGCCUCCUCCAGCACCGUCAGCGGCAGCAGCAGGAGCCCGGACUCAGCUGUUGAUUCCGAACUCGGACCCGGAUCUGAAUCUCUCCUCCCUCGGCCAACAGGACGCACCUGAGCGUGGAACGUCCAGCCCGCGCCACUCUGAGCCCUUCAGGGGGGCGGAGGGAUGGAGUGAAGCCACGUCGUUAUCACUCACUGGCACUGGCACUGGCACUGGCACUGGAUUUGGUUUGAUCGACCUCCGUGUGGCGCACGGACGCGCCGGUGAUGGAGGAUUCUAGACGGUUUUUUUUUUUAGGAUCACGGAUUUCUGCGGGACUGCAGCGGCCGGAGUGUGAUGCGAACUGAGCCGUGGGUGGCGUAGAGCCCCCCUCUCUCCCUCCCCAUCUCCCUUUACCCUCACCCUCUCUUCCUUCAAAAAAACCCACCCUCUCCCCCAGUCAAUCGCGGUAACAGCGGACUCUGCCUGGGACUCACAGCGGCGCUUGGCUCCACGGGCGGCGGGUGAGGAAGGAUCAUGUCCCGGGCAGCGGCCAUCGCCAGCUCCCUGAUCCGCCAGAAGCGGCAGGCGAGGGAGCGGGAGAAGGCGAACGCCUGCCGAGGCAGCGGCAGCCCGAGCAACAGCAAAGGCGCAAACGAGAAAUCGAGCAAACUCAACGUUUUCUCCCGCGUCAAAUUGUUCGGCUCGAGGAAGAAACGGAAGAGGAGACGGCCACCAGACCCCCAGUUAAAGGGCAUUGUGACCAGGCUUUCCAGCCGCCAGGGCUUCCAGCUGCAGAUGCAGCCUGACGGCACCAUUGAUGGAACCAAGGAUGAAGACAGCACUUAUGCUGUGUUUAACCUGAUUCCUGUGGGGCUUCGUGUGGUGGCCAUCCAGGGCGUCCAGACCAAACUCUACUUGGCAAUGAACAACGAAGGCUUUCUCUACACCUCUGAACAUUUUACACCGGAGUGUAAGUUCAAAGAGUCGGUGUUUGAGAACUACUACGUCACCUACUCCUCCAUGCUGUACCGGCAGCAGGCCUCGGGCCGCGCCUGGUACCUGGGACUCAACAAGGAGGGAGGAAUCAUGAAGGGAAACCACGUGAAGAAGAACAAGGCUGCUGCACACUUUAUACCUAAACCACUCAAAGGUGAGAGGAAGUACAACCUGACAAAUACGCAGUACUCUGUGUACUAGGUUACUGAUGAUGUACUGAUAUAGUAAUUCAUAAAAAAUCUAGAAGACUCUCAUCUGCUCCCUCGCUGCCCUCUGUAAUGGUUCAGGGCUGCAUUUUAGACAGUUGUGUUGGGAACCAGGUGUAGCCAAGGUUACCAUGGGAACAGUCAGUUACAGAUCACAUCAUUUAGAACAAGAGAACAACUAGAAAUGAUCUCUUCAGGAUCUUUAAACAGAUGUUUGGAGGCCAUUUUAACUAUUCAGGAAUUAAGUGCUAACAAUUAAAGUCAACUGUAGAAAUACGUUAACAUUAUGGUUAUUUUAUGAUACACGUUUU